AUGUUCCAAAUCAUUGAGGAGUCUUCAAAUGGAACUGAAAUUAGCGGAGUCUCUGAAUACCUACACAAUGCCAUCGGAGUGAGCUCUAAAGCAACUUAUCAACUCCUCGAUUCCCACGAAAUGCUGACUCGACUACUGAAAAUUGAGCCUCAAACAGGCCGGCUUUAUGUUGACGGUCGAAUAGACAGAGAGGCCCUCUGUUCCCAGUCUUCUAAAAUCCCACUAACAUACUUGGAUCCGGAAGCUUCUUGUGUGAAACAAAUAAAUAUACUAGCCACAGCACAGACAGAAAAUAAUCAGGAAGUAUCUGUUCAAACAAUUCCAAUUAAACUUGUGAUUCAAGAUGUCAAUGACAAUAAGCCGUCUUGGAAUCUAGCAGGAAAACAGCUCGAUGAUCUACCCAUUCUGGAAGCAAAUAUACUUGAGCAGGGUUCAGGAAAUAAGGUCCUCGUGCCCGCCGCCUACGAUCCCGAUUCAGGACGAAACGGAGAAAUUUCAUAUCGCCUGGAAAACUACAUAAGCUCAUCGAGUAGCGGUGCAAAUGAACGUGAUCAAGGUCCGGCACCAUUCACAAUAAGUGGUCCAAUCAGUGGAAUGCUACAACUGACUCCUUUCCAGCCAAUUGACUACGAAAAACAAAGUGUCUACGACCUUCUCUUGAUUGCUUCAGAUGCGGGUGAACCAACAAAUGUGGGAAGAGCACAUUUACGGGUCAACGUAAUUGACGUCAACGAUGAGUGUCCGGUUUUUACUCAACAGGUUUUUACUCCACCUGGUGGUCGAGGCAUUUCAGAACGAACGCAUCCGGGAAAGGUAAUACUCAAUGUCACUGCGAUUGAUGGAGACGCCUCGGAACGUAACUCGCGCCUUACAUAUUCAAUGGUUCCCAGCUCAAAUCGUCUAAUCGGGGAGAUCUUUUCAGUACAUCCAGACGGUCGAAUAAUUUUGCGACAUUGGCUAGACUAUGAAACUCUGGAGCCGGGACUUAUGGCAAGUUCUACUUCUGCGCUUCGUGAGGCUCCGCCCACAGAAGGGAAGCAGUUUGCAUUUUUCGUGAAAGCUACGGAUUCGGCACCACCACCCUAUGAAAAAACUGGAACAGCUCUGGUCGUCAUACCAAUCAUUGAUGAAAACGACGAGAGGCCGAUCAUCACUUCGCGUUUCCUGGGGUCACCUGAGCUCGUAAAGCAUGGUGAAGCAGGUGUAAUUACGGAGAAUUCAUCGGUGCCAGUUCGACUUGCCUAUAUUCAAGCUCGCGAUCCUGAUUUCGAAGGUCGUGAUAGCGUUGAAUGCACUGUUCCAGACAACGAGAACCUCUCCCUUAGGCGCGUUACACCAUUUACCCACCGUUCCUCCUCUGACGAUGUGAAUAUGCCACCAAAAAAUAACGAUUUCCUUCUCAGUCUGGAGGAGCCUGUUGAUAGGGAAACUACUAAGGUGCUCCAGGUACGGAUCCACUGUGUAGAUGAGGCCAACAAUACAGCGGAUUUGCUUAUCAAUAUUCGUGUAUUAGAUGUCAAUGAUGAGACUCCCACCUUUCUGCGACCAGUAUUCUAUUUUUCUGUCAACGAAAAUACCAAAGUUCCUUCAGAUGGAAAUGGAGCGAAUGGAACAUUGCAAGGUUACAGAAUUGGACGCGUGAUUGCCUACGACAAAGAUGAAGGUGAUAAUGCGAAAAUUAAGUAUGGUCUUCUACCGACAAUUGAAAUCGAGGAGCCAAAGCUACGGCCGAGCCUAUUCCCCUUGAGUGAUUACGGGCAGGAGGUUGCACCAACCCAAGCCUUUGAUCUGUUCCGUAUUGAUUCGAUCACUGGAGAGUUGUUUGCGCUACGAUCUUUUGAUGCAGAGAAAGAAAAGCUAAUAAAGUUGAAGGUGAUUGCAGUAGAUCAGCCAUCAGACCCCACUGCAACAUCACACACGGGCACAGCCAGUGUCUACGUGCAAGUAUUUGAUAUGAACGACUGGUCACCAGUAUUUCAUCAAGUUGUAGAUAACACUAAGCCCAACCAGCAACUGUAUGCACCCAGCAUUCUAGAUGAGCCAACAACGGUCGACUCAUACCAGUUUUCAAUAAAAGAGAAUCUUCCAGCAUACACACUUGUUGGUCGCAUUAGUGCCAUUGAUCCUGAUGUGAGUUUUUGGGGAGUUAUUGGCUCUGUAAACAAUAGUAAUGGAGCGGAUGGUUCGCGGGCGCUGCGCAGCGUGACCAUUCAGUUUGCACAGGGCACGGCUCCCUAUGUGGAAAAUGCGUUUACCAUUCACUCAGCGUCUGGGCAGUUGAGAACUACAGGACCUCUGGAUAGAGAAGCUUACUCCAAUUAUACCUUCAAUGUGGUUGCUGUUGACAGGGGCCCAGUCGAUGGGAUCUCCAGAACAUCGACAGCCGGUGUUACCGUUCUAGUUGAGGAUGAAAACGACAACGAUCCAGUGUUCGUCAGACCAGCGGCCGAGGUAGCCGACACUAGGGGGCCUGAAGAAUCCUUUUUUGAGGAAGAAGCAUUAUCUCCACUUUCUCAGUCCAUCGAAUCCCCCCCCACCUCCACUACCGAUACCGAUCACAUUCCUGUUGUGGCCGUCAGCCUGCCUGUCGGGAGUGGCUCUGUCGACGUCAGCUCCAAUCAAAUUCCCCGUCCCCUCAUUCGCAUCGAAGCUCAAGAUCCCGAUGCCGGUGCCAACGGUCAAAUACGGUACGCCAUCACUUCGGGCAACACUGAUGAAAUUUUUUAUCUUGAUCCAAACACUGGUUCCCUUGUACUCAAGACUGUUCUUCCAGCUACGAAGGAAACUUCUAACUACCUCCUCCAAUUCGAAGCUUGUGAUCAAGGAUCCCCUCCACGUUGCGCUAACCCUGCUCGCUUGCGUAUAGUGUUAGGCAGACCUGCAGCAAGCAAGUCAGGAAGCCCUGGAGGAUCGGUUUAUCCCACAACCCAAGAUACCAAUCUUUACCUACAAUCGAACCGCUUCCCGGGUAAUUCAUUGGCUUCGGUCAAAGGAAGUGUUAUAGGCUACCCCGAAGUCUGGGAUGGCGAAAGCUAUGGUGAUUUCGGAACGGAAUGGACCUCAUCAAGAUUCAAAUGGGAAGACAAACAUCGACACUUACGCGAGGAAUAUGAAAAGUCUGGUGUGUCAUACCGACGAAGUGGUGUAACAGUGAGUGAGGCCGUGGUAAUAUGUGUUGCGGUAAUAUUUGCUGUCUUCUUGUGUGCUGCCUUGGUACUGGUGUAUUUGGUGAGGAGAAAAUCAAUUUACUUUUCAAUUGGAGGAAAACAAAAGCUUAAAGGUGAGUAA